CACUAGAUUUUUGGUACUUUUAACAGAUCCUUUUCGGUUUUGCGUUGCGCGAAGUGAUCUGAACUUAUCAAAGUUUGUAAGGUAAUACAUAAAGUGAAAAAGAAUUAAUUUGCUCUUGAAAGGCAGGCCAAAUUAAAAAAAAAAUAUCAAUAUGUCUGACGACUGGGAUGAUGAGCCCAUUGUUGAUACUCGCGGCGCCCGCGGUGGAGAUUGGAGCGAUGAUGAGGACACGGCCAAGAGCUUCAGCGGCGAAGCUGAAGGCGAUGGUGUUGGAGGGAGCGGUGGUGAAGGCGGCGGCUACCAAGGAGGAAAUCGAGAUGUGUUCGGAAGGAUCGGCGGAGGCAGAGGAGGAGGAGCUGGAGGUUAUCGAGGAGGAAAUCGAGAUGGAGGGGGCUUCCACGGUGGACGUCGCGAGGGAGAAAGGGACUUCCGCGGUGGAGAAGGCGGCUUCCGCGGUGGACAAGGCGGCUCCCGCGGUGGACAAGGCGGCUCCCGCGGGGGACAAGGCGGCUUCCGUGGUGGAGAAGGCGGCUUCCGCGGUCGGCUGUACGAAAACGAGGAUGGUGAUGAACGUCGUGGAAGACUAGAUCGGGAGGAACGCGGCGGUGAACGUCGUGGAAGACUAGAUCGGGAGGAACGCGGCGGUGAACGUGGUGAAAGAGGGGACGGUGGUUUUGCGAGGCGCCGUCGAAAUGAAGAUGAUAUAAAUAAUAAUAAUAAUAUCGUCGAAGAUGUCGAAAGGAAGCGAGAGUUUUAUAUUCCUCCCGAGCCGUCCAACGAUGCAAUUGAGAUAUUCAGCAGUGGCAUAGCUUCCGGGAUUCAUUUUUCGAAAUACAACAACAUACCGGUUAAGGUGACCGGCAGCGAUGUUCCACAACCUAUACAACAUUUUACGAGCGCUGAUUUGAGAGAUAUUAUUAUAGACAAUGUAAACAAAUCUGGAUACAAAAUACCGACACCAAUUCAAAAGUGUUCCAUACCAGUAAUAUCCUCUGGUCGAGACCUAAUGGCGUGUGCCCAGACGGGUUCUGGAAAAACGGCAGCUUUUUUGUUGCCCAUUUUGAGCAAGUUGUUGGAGGAUCCCCAUGAACUGGAGCUUGGAAGACCCCAGGUAGUGAUUGUAUCCCCAACAAGGGAGCUGGCAAUUCAGAUCUUUAACGAGGCGAGGAAGUUUGCUUUCGAGUCAUAUCUAAAGAUCGGUAUUGUUUACGGAGGCACCUCGUUCAGACAUCAAAACGAGUGCAUUACCAGAGGCUGCCAUGUAGUGAUCGCCACUCCGGGACGACUUCUGGAUUUCGUGGAUCGGACCUUUAUCACGUUUGAAGACACUCGAUUCGUUGUGCUGGAUGAGGCCGAUCGCAUGCUAGAUAUGGGUUUCUCAGAAGACAUGCGAAGAAUCAUGACGCAUGUAACUAUGCGUCCAGAACAUCAGACAUUGAUGUUUUCCGCCACGUUUCCAGAAGAAAUCCAAAGAAUGGCCGGCGAAUUCCUUAAAAAUUACGUUUUCGUCGCCAUUGGCAUUGUAGGCGGAGCUUGCUCUGAUGUGAAGCAGACCAUAUACGAAGUUAAUAAGUACGCCAAGCGAUCCAAGCUAAUAGAAAUCCUUUCCGAGCAAGCAGAUGGCACCAUUGUGUUUGUGGAGACAAAGCGUGGCGCCGACUUUUUAGCUUCCUUCCUGUCAGAAAAGGAGUUUCCGACGACCUCCAUUCAUGGCGAUCGUCUCCAGAGUCAACGCGAGCAGGCCUUGCGUGAUUUCAAGAACGGCUCUAUGAAGGUUCUCAUAGCCACUUCAGUGGCUUCUCGUGGAUUAGACAUUAAAAACAUCAAGCAUGUGAUCAACUAUGACAUGCCCAGCAAGAUCGAUGACUACGUACAUCGCAUUGGACGUACAGGUCGUGUAGGCAAUAAUGGACGAGCCACAAGCUUCUUUGACCCUGAAAAGGAUCGAGCUAUUGCUGCGGACUUGGUAAAAAUCUUGGAGGGAUCUGGCCAGACUGUUCCGGACUUUCUACGCACCUGUGGUGCCGGCGGUGAUGGGGGUUACUCCAAUCAAAAUUUCGGUGGGGUGGAUGUGCGUGGCAGGGGAAAUUACGUCGGCGAUGCCACCAAUGUCGAGGAAGAAGAGCAAUGGGAUUGAAAUGUAUGGACAUAGAUUUCAAAUAAUUAAAUGUAAUGCAGUAAUUGAUGUAAUUAGUUAAAUAAGUUAGAUAUUAAUAACAUAUUAAUUAUAUGUAUUAUAACGCAUAUAAUAAUAAAAUGCAUAUUUAGGAUAUGCAAGCCAUUCG